AAACGUCCUUUUAAAUGUGUUCGUCCGAUUUGAAAGGCGCGAGGAUAGAAGCAUGGAUUUCAUCUACGUUUGCAGAAAGCCAUUCCUGACAAGAGAUAGCCUGAGCAAGCAUUACAAGUGGGUCUGCGCCAUUCCAACAUCCCGAUUAACGUUCCAGGGCUUCAACUUAUUGACAGCGUUCAAGUUCUCCCUGAUGAUUUGGAGGUCGCCAAUGCCUCAGGUACAUCUGAUGACGAGAUUGAUGAGAAGAACCACAAAGGCGAUGAGGCGUUUAGCGGCAGCAAUGCACUCAUAUUCAACAAUAACGUCAUUUCGGCUACUUCAAUGACAUUUGAUUCAGGAAGAGUGGUUGGUGCAACUAUCCGAGAGUUCAUGCGGGGCUCGGACAUUGCAAAUACUCAACAGCAACAUGUACAGCGCAUGCAAAUCAUGGCGUUUUAAGAGGAACAGCGCACGCUAAUCACAGCUAUGGAGCAACGGGUCCUGAGCUCUAUUGCUCAGAUUGCAGCAGGUCAAGGGCAGGGGCAAGCUAUGCAAGCUGCUUCUGCUUCUGCUUCUGGCACCGGACCUUCCAGUCCGGUUUCUACAAGUAGAAAAAGAACGCGCUCUAAGGCCCCUCACUUUGGUACAUUCAAAUCCCCUAGUCGUAUGUCUCCAACUGAAAAUAAACCUAGUAUGACACCCCGUUAUCACCGCACUACUGGUAAUCAGCAAUUUAGUGCGUCGCCCGAGUGUGUCAAGAGUAUUAGCCAGGAGCUCCAGGCUUCCCAGGUCUACCUGUCACUCUCUGCAUGGGCCGGCCAUGUCAACCAGGCCCUUCCCGGCCUCGAGAAAUUCUUCCGCGAGAGCGCUGAAGAGGAGCGCGAGCACGCUCAGAAGCUGAUCAAUUACCAGAAUCGCCGUGGAGGCAAGGUCAUCCUCCAGACCCUCCAGGCCCCCGAGUCCGACUGGUCCUCUGCUCGCAAUGCCAUUGAGUCGACCCUCCAGCUUGAGAAAGAUGUCAACAAGAGUUUGCUCAACCUGCACAAGGUCGCCGAGGAGAACAAUGAUCCUCAGCUCUGCGACUUUAUCGAGUCGGAGUACCUCGAGGAGCAGGUUGAAGCCAUCAAGAAGAUUGCAGAUCUCGUCACCCAACUGAACCGCGUUGGCGGCGACGGUCUUGGAUUGUACCUCUGGGACCAGAACUUGCUCCACCACAAGGACUAA